AUGACGUUCCAAACACGAUCAAGACUUGACUGUUCUUUGUAUGAUAAUGAUUAUGAUAUUCUUGCUUCAUUUCCAUUUCAUGUUGAUAUCAACCAACAAGACACCUUUUAUUCAACAAAUGCCAAUGUACUGGUAGAAAAUCAAAUUAAUAGGAUAGUUAUAAAGAAUGAAACCGUGUUACCAGUUACAUUUUUUUGUUUGAAACAUUUAACAUAUUUUGGUAUAUUCAAUUCACGUAUUAUUCCAUUUUUUUCUGAUAAUGAUGCUGACUACCGAUUUCCAUCAGAAAUCGAGCGUCUUGCUUCGUCGUUAACUUCAAUUGUCAUUAUGGAUACAAAAAUAACUCAGCUACCAGAAGAAUUUGGCAAAUUGAAACAUUUAUGGAGCUUAGAAAUGCACAACACCGGUCUUGUUACUUUGCCAAACAGUUUUGGCAAUUUAACUUCUUUAGAAUUCCUACGAUUGAAUAACAACAAUUUUGUAUCAUUACCGAAGACAAUUUCAAAUAUAGAAUCAUUUAACAUGAUUAUAUUAGAUGAUAACUCACGUCUUCGUUCAUUAGAAUCAUUCAGUGGCACUCGUAACCUUAAACACCUUUAUGCAAGAAAUUGCGUCAUUGAUCGUAUACCAUAUAAUGUACCAGAUCUUGAAUAUCUAUUACUGUUGAACAAUAGUAUAACAAAUCUUUAUGGUAUUGAAACGUUGGGUUAUAAUACAAAUGCAAAUAAAACCUUUGUUUUCGAUUUCAACCUUAUAAAUUCUAUUCCACCUGAAAUUCGCUAUGUUCGUAAUCUAAAUCAUCUUAGUUUAUCAAAUAAUCAAUUAACAUUUCUUCCAAUGGAGAUUUUUCAGAUUGAUACUCUAAUUUCCUUACGUAUUGCCAACAAUUCAUUUAAUACGAACGAAUUGAAUAGAAUUAUACAAACCUUCAAAAAAACUCAUCCAAGCUUAGACCUUUACUAUUGA